CGUAGGCCUAAUAUCAUAACAUGGAUAGAGGCGUUUACCGGACUUUACUGGUUUUAAAUAUGUUUAUGUUCACGAUGGAAGGAAAAUGGAACUAAUUCCUAAUAAAAACUUGUAUUUGUAACUCAAAUUGUUAUGAAAACAUCGGAUUUCAACGAAAUACUUGUUUUUUUUCGACGGGGAGUUUUUGUUCGUCACGGGUUAUGAUUGUGAUUCAGCUUUUCCGGUUGUAUCCAAGGCCAAUUCACAUUGAUACGUGAAUAGAUGGAAAAUGCAUCUGAUAAUUUACGAAAUAACCAUACGUAGACUCUAAAGAUGGCAGAGUCAGAUCCAGAGACGUUCCACUCUGAUCACGAAGACAACAAUGACUUCCGUAGCGACGAACAAACAUUCAAGGACAUCGUGCAAGUGGAGGACAAUUCUGAAACAACGAAGGAUAAAAAUGAUGACAAUUCUCAAGAAAUGGAAGAUAAACAAUAUGACAAUUCCAAAACACAUGAGGAUAGAAAAUUUGAUAAUAAUGCUUUAGAAGAAGAUAUUGAGGAGAAUGAGGUUUCGGAAGAGGAGCUGUUGUUGCUUAGUGCCAGAAAUGGUGACCUAGAAGUAGUUCAAAGACUGGUUCAGCAGCAAAUUAAUGGAGAAACAGUUCUGGAUCUUAAUUGCACAGGAAACAGCAAAGCCAACAGAGGCUGGACAGCCCUGCACUUAGCGACAUACUUUGGCCAUACAGGAGUGGUCAGAGUGUUACUUGAGAAUGGGGCAGACGUAAACGUGGUGAACCCGAAUGGUGAUACUCCCCUACACAAGGCAGCAUUCACAGGCAGGAUGGAAACUCUGACCCUAUUGUUGAGAAGUGAAGCCGAUGUGGGGAAGAUAAACGAUGAAGGUCAAACACCACAGAUGAUCGGGAAAACACAGGAAAUCAAAGACCUACUCGAGGCUGCCCUGAGCCACGAAAGUUUACGACGUCAGACAGAGUUUCUAGCUGCUGCUAGGUCUGGGGAUGUUGAUUCUGUACAGGAGCUUCUGGCCAGUGACCGUCCACCUAACAUCAACACCACUGACCAGUACGGAAAUACUGCUCUCCACAUUGCCGCGCAGGCUGACCACCGGGACAUGGUCAUCUUCCUCCUCCAAAACAGUGUUGACUCCUCCUUAAAAAACUUGAAGGACCAGACAGCUAUAGACUUUGCAAGGACCAAUCAAAUGAAGCAACUACUUACAGGAGUGCGGCCAGUUAAGGAGUUUAGCUUUCAGCCGCAGCGAUGUGAAGGCCUUCUACUAAAGAAAUCCCGGUUCCUCGGUUUUAAGCCUGUUUGGGUUGUCCUAGAAAGAGGUGUAUUGUCUUACUUCAGAAAUAGGGGUGAUGCUAGUACAGGUGUAAAACGGAAAGGAAUGAAGUACCUAGACGAGGCCAGGGUCCUGGUGAGUGCAGAGAAGCACUUAGCAGACCACCCAGAAUUUUUACUUCACUACUCAGAUGGAGUAAACCACUGCUUCAGCACAGAGUCGGGUGAUGAGGCCUCAGUACUCAGACAGAAAUGGUUGAAUGCAUUGAAGGAACACAUCAACUUCAGUACUCACUAUAUACACCAGGGAGAGGACCAGCCGGAGGGAGAAGUUGUCUCCCUUGGAUCACUCAAAGACUCUCUUAAGACAGCACAAGCGCAUCAUCAACUACUGGAAAAGGAGUCGAACCAGUUGUCAGUUCUGAUGGAGUCACAGGAGUCUGACAAACAACUCAAAGUUACAGAGGGUACCAUGGCAGAUGUUUAUCAGAAGGUGAAAAGAAUAUCGGACUUAUCUCGAGACACAGCAAGCUUCCUGAGUCAUUGUCUCACGCUGUUCAGCCAACAAGAAGAGGUGCGUAACCUCCAGCUGAAGGAGGAGAUGGAGAAGUCGCGCGUCCUCCAGGAGGCGCUGCAUGCCCUGGCUACGGAACACCAUGAACUGGAACAGUCCCUCACAUUCACAGGACGUAAAUCUCCAGCACGCUAUUACGACACGGACGAUGAUGAGUUCUAUGACUGUGAUGAAGACAACAUUCAAAAUAAUGAGAAAAACGAAAUGACUGGCUCUCUCACCUCUAACUAUCUAGAUGCCAUGUCUUUUGAAUCUACGACAGGAUCUUAUUUCCCCAAACAUAUAGACGGUACAAACGGAUGUGUUCAUUCUAAAUUUGGCAGGAGCCGGCUUCCUGUUCCAAUGUUUGACCGGAAUGACUUCAGUAUCUGGAGUAUACUCAAGCAGUGUAUAGGCAAGGAACUGUCCAAGAUCACCAUGCCUGUUGUGUUCAAUGAGCCGUUAAGUUUUAUCCAGAGAAUAUCUGAGUACAUGGAGUACACGUCGCUACUAGAGAAGGCCAGCAUGGCGUCCGACCCAGCCGAAAGGUUUGCUUAUGUGUCAGCGUUUGCAGUAUCGGCAAUUUCCUCCAACUGGGACAGAAUCGGUAAACCCUUCAACCCGCUGUUAGGGGAGACGUUUGAAUUAAACAGAAGUGAUCUUGGGUUCCGAUUGGUCGGUGAGCAGGUUAGUCACCAUCCGCCUGUUAGUGCUUUCCUGGUGGAAUCAAAACAUUUCAAGAUCCACGGGUCCAUCCACCCGAAGUUGAAGUUCUGGGGCAAAUCGGUGGAGAUCAACCCGAAAGGAAUGAUUACACUGGAGCUGACACGACAUGGCGAGGUGUACACAUGGUCCAACGUCAACUGUUGUGUCCACAACGUUAUCGUAGGCAAGAUCUGGAUAGAACAUUAUGGAGUAAUGGAAAUUUUGUGUCACAAGACAGGAUGGAAGAGUGUACUUAACUUCAAACAGUCGGGCUGGUUCGGCAAGGAUCUACACAAAGUCGAGGGCUAUGUAUACGAUAAAAAUAAGGUGAAGAGGAAGGCGUUGUACGGGAGCUGGGUGUACGAUCUCUUCAUGCUUGAUGUGGCCGAUUACGAUGGCUUCAUGAAAAAUUCAGCAUCUACUCAGUCACCCAGUCAUUCUGCCAAAUCCAACGGUGCUAGUGGGAGUUCCGACGUAAACGAUGACAUUUCCGUAAAACACUUAUCAACAUACGACCUCCACAUUCCAGGGCAAGAGUGUAUAUGGACGAUACACCCACGCCCAGAAAAAUCCCUACAGUAUUUCAGUUUCACAUUGUUCGCCAUGGCCUUGAAUGAGUUGACCCCAGAUAUAGCAGGACAGCUCGCUCCCACAGAUUCACGCUUACGGCCAGACAUUCGCCUUCUGGAGGAAGGGCAGAUAGAUGCUGCCGCAGCGGAGAAAAACAGAAUAGAAGAGAAACAAAGAUUUGCCCGGAAAGAGAGGAAGCGCAGGAAGGAUGAAUGGACACCAGUAUUUUUCAAGUUUGGAACCAACCCACACACUGGCAAGGAAGAUUGGUUAUUUAAAGGCAAUUACUGGGACCGAGACUGGUCCAAAUGUCCGGACAUCUUCUGACACCGGGCGACAAGUUAGAUCUAGCAAAUUGUGAUAUUACGUCAAUAUCACGCCAUCACUGCCAAAUUACACACGUUGACUUUGGCGAAUCGAUAACAACGAUUCCGUACAUUUUUGUUGUUGGUGAUAUAAUCCACAUUGAAACAAACUGUUGUGUAGAACCGAGUCCCAGACAAAAUCAGAAGUGCUCCUCGGUGCUGAAUGGUUGGUUACUGCAAAUCACCGUAUUUUCACGAAUACUCAAUUUCACAACGUAUGUCUGUAUGUUGCAUUCGCAUCUCAGCAGAUACUAUUUUACUAUGGAUAGUUUCGUUAUCAGUGAACGCGAUAUUCACAGAAGAUUUAUAAUCGAGAAUGAUUCUCUUGAAAAUUAAUCUCUCUUGAAAAUAAAGUGGUUUACAUUAUUUAGAUACUUCUAUCAGUUCCUGGUGAACCCUCCGGUGACUGAUCAGUUGAGCAUAGGUUAAGAUUGUGGGAUGACAAAAUGUAGUUAAGAGGUUUGAUUAUUACUUCACUGCAAGUUCUAAUUUAUUGAUAAUCGAUGAUUAGUUCAUGGUGUAGUCUAAUUGGUUAAUAAUCCAAAUACAGUAAGGGCUACAGGACUUCUGAUAAUCUGAUUGGUUGAUAGUCCAAAUACAAUAAGGGCUACAGGGCUUCUGAUAAUCUGAUUGGUUGAUAAUAUUGGCCAGUUCCAAUUCUGUUAAGUUGGAUUCAGGGAUGUACAUAUAUAAGAAUGCAUAUGAAGUCAUUUGAUGGCUUUAUGGUAAUAUACUCAAUGCAUUUUUGGUUUUAUUUUUGCUUGGGCAUCAGUGACGAAGUUUAACAAGAGUUUCCUACUUGGUGGGAAUAAAGUUGCUAUGUAUUCAAUAUGUACAAUAGAUCACUUUUAUUUCGCGAAAUAUUCAUAUAUUCGUGAUAUUCCUGAAGGAAAGAGGCGAUUGCAAAAUUUAGAUAUCCCACAAAUGUUUAUUCAGGCAUGAUCAAGCAUGAACCAUACAUCUGUAGUUGUUCCCUUUGCAAAUUCAAAUCAUCGCAAAAUUGUUUUUGAAAGAACAAUUAUGUAAUUACUUGUGACUGUGAUGAUAAUCAAGCAUCACAAAUUUAGAAAUGUAACUCUUACAGUAUCACAAGUUUAACUUAAUCAGGGAGCAUACAACUUAAGCUGUAGAGGUGGAUUCUAUGUGGAGUUUAUAUGGUGCAUGCAUCAUUAUUGAAAUAUGGUAUUAAGUGACAUAUACGACAGGUUAAAGUUAAGGUGCAUAACUAGUAAACUACAACAAGAUCUAUUAUACAUUGUCGCAACGCAAUCUCUGAUCAUGCACGGAAACAAUACCAGUAGUUCAAUUUUUCUUUUUUUUAUUGGCAAUUAGAUGUUUAUCAAUUUAAUUUGAAGUUGAUCCUCUCUUUAUACAUCUGAAGUAAAAAAAUCACUGAAUGAAUGGAAAAAAAACUUGCUAAUUGUGUUUUGAUAUCAUGUGAACAUUUGAAAUGCAAAGUGUUGAUGUUUGUAUGUUGGGGAACCAUUAGAUUUUCUGUAAUGGCCGAUCAUGAUAGAGUACAUGAUGUUCCACAUCACAAACAACUGACACGCCCAUUAUCUAGUCUUGGUCCUGAAGCUGGCAAUUGUUCACUUGUUGAUAUUCUUGCAUGCUACACAACGUUUGUAUUGUUUGUAAAAUAUAUCUCAUAUAUUAACUGAUUUGUCUGAUGACUUGUGAUAGUAGUAAUAUGAUAAUGGUUGUUUAUUGACGUGUUAGAAACACCUAGCCUAUGUUUUAUGAACUAUUGUGUAAAAAAGUAAUGUUAUUAAUAUGUGAAUAAUCUUGUAUGUUGCGGUUAUGUGGGGGUAAUCUUUUAUGUAGCUCAUUGGGCUGUUUAUAUUGAUAUGCUUAGUACAUGUGAACGUCUAUAUUAUAUAUCACAUUGUCACAGUUUAUACUGUUGGAAACAUUUUUAUAGGUUAAUAUCCAGGUCACAACCUUAAUAUGAACUUUGACCUUAUAAAAAAAAAGGAAUAAAAUGUAGUAAUGUUUUGUGAUGUCAUACUACACCAAGUACACCGGCACACAUUAAUAAAAACAGGUCAGUGAGCUACACAAGAGGAAACCUACCUAUCGGGUAUAUACAUACCUGAUGUUUAUUACGCUGCAGUUUGUGAUCAUGUAUUAUGUCUCUAGUGAAUGUAAAUGGAGGUUGACAGUACGGUAUAUUAGUGAAAGUGGAAGAAAAAUUGUUCAGAAAGAAUUAAAAACCAUGACAACUAAUUUGCAGACCUGGCCCAAGUUUAAGAGUUUUCUUUAUUAUAACUUACAUUUCACCUGUAGAAAGUGCUUCUGAAGUUCAGGGGAAAACAUUAUGAUGAAGGUACUUUCUGCAAACUUCAGGAUUUCUCUCUGAGAAACUGGGGCCAGGUCGGUAAUUAGCCCUUUCACCCCUAGGUAACUUUCAUAGACUCUACCAUGCAUUUAUAGGGAUGAGUCCAUUAUAGUCUAUGGUACGGUGGUGAAAGGGUAAGCAGUAUAUAUGAUAGCACUCUGAACCUAGAGGGAAAUGUACAGAUGGAUUAUUUCUGUAGCAUGUAUUCUAAAUACAUAUUAUACAAUUUUCUAUCAUUGCACACAAAAAUCAAUUCCUGUUUGAUUUUUCUUCUGUGAAGAAAAAAUCAUAUUUUUACUUUUUUGCCAAACUUCAUCUUUUUUUCUUUUUUUUAUUAUCAUUAAAACCAUAAAAACAAAUAAAUAUUGUUUCUGAGUUAGAUUUUGUAAAUCUUGAAAGAAACUGAGAUGCCGUGCUUUGAGUUAAAUGGGCAAGUACGCAUUAUAUAUUGUUAUUGAUAAUCUACAUGUGGCAGGGUCUGGGUUUAUCAUUAAAAACUGUAUACUGGGGUUCAGAACAGAUGAUCCUUUCAUUCUGAACACAACAUGAGUUUCCAAUUAUGUCAAUGCAAAUCUUUAUGGUCAUAGUAACAUUACUGCCAUAGUUAAGUGAACAAAAGUUUGUGAUCAGUCAUGUUUUCGUAGAAAUAACAUGCAUAUUUGUUCUCUUGCCUAAGGAAAGUGGUACAGUAAGGGAUAAGAUGAAAUCUCAAGAGAAAGUUUGAGUCUAAUGAGUAUUUCGUUUCAAAUAUAAAAUGUUUGUAGACAUAGAAACAAAACCGCGGUGAUGGUCACGCUGAGUACUAUAUGUAUUCUAAUACUACUGGUUAUAUCUCUUACAAGCUUUCACUGUCCCCUGAUGCCAAUACACACUCGUGUUUCUGAAACGAUCAUUACAUUGAUUUUAUACUUCGUUCAUCAAGACCACAGAAGCAUCAUACCGGUAACGUCUUUAUUUCCUGAAGUAAUCAUGGAGAAUCAGUGUCUCUAUACCAUGUGAAACUUGAGGUGGGAUUUUUUGUGUUGGACGUUCGGUAACAAUACAUAACAAUGUGUUUACAAACAAUAAUUGACUUGUGUGUGCGAGUUACCAGGUCGUUGUUACGUUUUUCGCUGUUGCAAACUGCUAUUAAGUUUUUGUUGUGAUGUUGGCCAUUGUCCUGGUGGUCCAACAUGUUUGGUCUUUCGGUUCACGCCUUUGUAGACAUAUGUUGAACGUAGAAUGGCAUGUAGCUCAUAUGUUUAGAUAAUAAAUGUUUUUCAUCGGUACAUGUUAUGGCUACCUUAAGCUUAUUGUACCUUUAUGGUAUGGUGGUAUAUUUCUGCCAUCGACUUUCAACUUAAGAGUUACCUAUGUGGACAUGAUCACAGGUAAUAGACACAACAUAUCCUAUGCCUAUAUUCUAAUAUGUAAUUAGGUAGCUUGUAGGACAAAAGUAGAUGGCAGAUAUAUGCCACCCAACUGAGGGUUUGAUCAUCAAAGUAAACUAAAAUCUUCAUCAUUAUUCCGAACAUUUCACACGAUGUACAGUUUAUACAUGUAGCAGAACUGAACUGGGUCGAAAAUCAGGGAUAAGGUAACUCAGUUGGUUAGUUUGUCCGUCAAGAAUCUGAACUACCAUGAUUCCAGUCCUGUUAACGUUAUUUCGUACAGGUUACAUUUGGCGCCCAAUCAAGUAUACCCACAUAAGGUGCCAUAGGGUCUCGUGUGUCAAUGGACUGACGACUUUGUUAAAGGAGGGAGGAAUGUAUCGGUAGCUCAUCUUUAUUUAUAGCACAUUGUCUAAGAGUUCAGGGUCCGUAUUAAUUCAUGGACCCAUUCUCAUGCUUAAGCAUGGAAUUUGUGCUCAAGCCUAAUUUAUUGUUCUGGUUAUAAAUAAAUAAAAUAAUUUUAUUUUGUCAAUGAUUUAGGAAAUACUUGAAGAGACUUGAAUCCGGAUACUGUUUUCAGUGUUUACGUUUGACAUUUUGAUUGUUUGGCAUGAUUUAAACGAGUUACAAUAAAGUUGGCUUGAGCACAGAAUGCAUGCUUUAGCAUGAGAACGGUUUCAUGACUACGAGCCCAGAGGUUCUUCGUUUGAAUUCCAUUCCAGCCAUUGUAAUUUUCCACCCAUGUUAUAUGUGUGCAAUAGGCUUAUCAAUGCUUCUUCUCCUUAUCUUGUGUGGCAGUAUAUUAGGGUAGGCUUAACACAAAAGCCAUGGGUUAUCUAGAUCUGUGGUAACAUAUAAAUAGGUUAGCAGUCAAUGACUGGUCCGACUCAAAAAGCCACAGCUUUCUGUAUGUUGAAACCACAAUAUAAAUCUAUUUUUCACUUUACCAUUUAAUGAAUGUUGGAAUCAGUUGUCUCUGAGAAUGGGGUAUUUGACACAUUGACUUCUUCCUAUCUUGUAUGAUAGUGUCACAAAUUCAGAAAUCCUGUCAGCAUGUAUACAGUUGUGAUAGCCGAAUGCUUAGGUCUGAUCUGUGUGUUGAAAUAUGAUGCAAAUUGACUAUGCAAAAUUUACAGUGUACAGGUAGAUGAAAUAAUAUGCAUCAUAAAUUUACAGUGUACAGGUAGAUGAUAAUAAUAUACAUAAUAAAUAUUAGGUCUAUAAUAAUGACACAUCUUUCUGCUAAUUUUGCAAUCAUUCUUAAAAAAAAUAAAAUGUUUCAAUGUAUCACAGGUACUUGAAUUUUGGCUAAUUAUAAUUAGAUUGUCAUGUUUUGCUGCCAGGAUGUCAAAUCUGGAAAAAGAUAUUUCAAAUAUUAUGUACCUGAUUAGUAAAUAUAAAAUAUAAAAUUGUACUUUAAAUUGAUCUCACCCUGUGUAUUGAAUAAUCAUGCUGUUUAAAGAAAAAGAAGAUUUGAAGAAGCUAUACCUGUGUAGUUUGGAGAGAUCAUCCAAUCAAAAGGCUCAGCAUAAUUAACUGCAAGCAUACUUCAUCUUCUCUAAAUCUGUAAGCUUGACAAUUCAAUACACAGGGUUGUCGUGUAUGUAUACGGGGAUAUGAUACAUGUACGCCUCUUUCAGAGGAUUUCCUCUUUUUCUACCUUUCCCUUGAUUAUAAAAAGUUCUUGAUUUGUUCUGAAGCAUUAAGAGGUUUCUAGGGUAUGUUCCUCCUUUUUUUCUACUCCCCGGUUACAUCUCUGUGUCUCUAUGUGUUUUUUGGUCAUCAAACUAUGUCAUCUUAAUUUGAAAGCAUGUCCAAUAAAAACAAUACCAUGCAGUAAAACUGUUAUAACAUUUUACAAAACCUUACUUGAAAUUGGUAAAAGUUCAACCAUAUCAAGAAAUGUUGGCAUGUAACAUAUUUUCAUUCCGUGUUCAUGUUAUGUUUGACAAGAUUUAAAUGUCACUGAGGUCUUAUUACAGUCUGUAUAUAGUACCGUGUUUAUCUGCUAAGUAUAAUGUCAUACACUUAUGUCAAAAUAUUUGUUCAAUAAUGUCGUAGAAAUUGACAUGAUUAACUGUACAUUGAUCAUUACACCUCUUCCUGUUAACACAUUGUAUAUAAGACAUUUCCUAUCAUCAACGAUGAGGAGUAUACUAGGUAUACGGAGUCAUACCUCUGGAAAGAUAUUAUAGGAAUAAUUGUACAUCUUUAAGUUAUUUCUGACAUUUUACCUUGUGAAUUAUUUUGGACAAAAAAAUGUGCAAUACCAACCCACUUCCCUGUCAAUAAUUUGUAUGAUGUCAUUUCCUGUCAACAAUUUGUCACUUCCUGUUAACAAUUUGUAUGAUGUCAUUUCCUGUCAACAAUUUGUAUAAUGUCAUUUCCUGUCAACAAUUUGUAUGUUACUUACAGUCAUUAAUUUGUACGUCACCUGCUGUCAACAAUUUGUAUGAUGUCAUUUCCUGUCAACAAUUUUUGUUUGAUGUCACUUCCUGUUCAAGGACAUCAUGCUGAGCAUGUAGACUAUGUCAUCACUUCCUGUGUUAGGUACCUAGUUGUGUAUGGUUACCAUGGACACACUCCUCCACGUGUUUAUGCACUGUUGACAUUCUAAUGAAGAGAUCAACAAAUAUCAAA